AUGAGUUUCUCCGGUAAAGUAGUUCUCGUGACGGGUGCGAGCUCCAGCAUAGGAGCAGCCACCGCCAUCUUGUUUUCUAAAGAAGGAGCCAGCGUCGCAAUUGUUGGCAGAAAUGAAACUAAACUCAGCAACGUUGCGCAGAAGUGCGCGCAAGAAGGAGCGCAACCUCUCGUCAUUAGAGCAGACGUUGCCAAUGAAAAAGAAGCCAGCACUAUUAUCAAGAAAACGGUAGAUCACUUCGGAAAGCUUGAUGUUCUAGUGAAUAACGCUGGUGUUUAUACGAAAGCUUCAGUCGCUGAUCCAAAUGUUUUGAAAGUAUUCGACGAAGUCAUGAACACAAAUCUGCGCUCCAUCGUCCAGCUUACCAGUCUCGCGGUACCGUUUUUACAAGCAACUAAGGGGAAUAUAGUAAACGUGUCGAGUGUAGCAUCGACGAAAGUUAUUGCUGAAAAUUAUAUGUCGUACUGUGUGUCAAAGGCAGGAGUGGAUCACUUUACUCGCUGUGCUGCCUUGGACCUGGCGGCUUCUGGCGUGAGAGUGAACAGCGUCAACCCUGGGCCGGUCAGGACUGACAUCUCGGAGAAUGCUGGAUUGGUGCCGCCUGGAGCCGGCGAUAUUGCGUGGGAAUAUGCGAAGACGGUAACAGCUUUGAACAGAGUUGGAGAACCAGAGGAAAUCGCUGAUGUCAUCGCGUUUCUGGCCAGCGAUAAAGCGAGGAGCAUCACCGGUUCCAUCUACGUUUCUGACAAUGGUCAAUUGUUGAAGUGAAGAA